AAUGAUGAAACGCAAAAGUGUCCCACUGCCAAAGCAGCGAAACAAGAGCAAGUGGUGUUGAACAUAAGAGGAGAAUAAUGAGACGUCUCUUCUUUUUCUUCUUUUUUUUUUGUCGGCAUUCGGCAACAUGCAUCAACAAUGUUGAUAAGAGGCACAGGAGGGACACUGUUGACAAGAAGAUGAAUGGCAUCGGCAGAAGCACCUCAUGUCCUUAUCUUCCCUUGUCCAUUGCCGGGGCAUGUGGGGUCCAUGCUGAAGCUCGCGGAGCUUCUUGCCCUUCACCAUCUCCACGUCACCUUCCUCACCACAGACUACAUCCACGACCGCCUCCUUCGUUUCGGCGACGUUCAAGCUCUCUCAGCAUGCUACCCUACCCUCCAUUUCCACACCAUUUCCGACUGUUACGACGUCGGAGACCACCCUGGUUCCGGAGACCGUGUAGGGGACGUCAUUGCUUCCAUAGCUCACCACGCUAAGCCCUUCUUGAGAGAUAUUCUCGUGUCCCAAAGUCAUGGAAUACCCAAAGUCACUUGCAUCAUACAGGAUGGCAUAUUCGGAAGCCUCGCCACUGAAUUUGCUGCUCAGUUACGCAUACCACUCAUUCAUUUUCGAACCAUCAGUGCUUGCUGCUUCUGGGCUUAUUUCUGUGUUCCAAACCUCCUCCACACCAAACAACUUCCCAUCAGAGGAGAUGAAGAUAUGGACCGCAUCAUAAAAGAUAUGCCAGGCAUGGAAAACUUGCUUCGGUGUAGGGAUCUACCAAGUUUCAACACAUUGGAGGAUCUAGAAGGCCCUGUCCUCUCUCAGAUACGUCUUCACUUUCCCAAAUACUACACCGUUGGUCCUCUCCAUCACCACUUGAAUGUUAGAAAAGCAGAAGCCAAUAUUCCCAAUCCCAAGUUUAGAAACAGUUUGUUCCAAGUGGAUGAGAGCUGCAUGGCGUGGCUCGACGCUCAACCUGAGAGAUCGGUGAUAUAUGUUAGCUUCGGAAGUUCCACCAUUGUGAAAAGGGAGGAGUUAAUGGAGAUUUGGCAUGGUUUGGUGAAUAGCAAGAAGCAGUUCCUGUGGGUCAUGAGGCCUGACAUUGUGCCUGGAAAACCCAACGGUGACCGGAUACCGGCUGAGGUGGAGGAGGGGACUAAAGAGAGGGGCUUCAUUGUAGGUUGGGCCCCGCAAGAGGAAGUGCUUGCCCAUAAGGCUGUUGGUGGGUUCAUGACCCACAGUGGCUGGAACUCGACCCUGGACAGUGUGGUGGCUGGGGUUCCCAUGAUUUGCUGGCCUUACUUUGCGGAUCAACAGAUCAACAGCAGGUUUGUGGGUGAAGUUUGGAAACUUGGGUUGGACAUGAAAGAUGUGUGUGAUAGACAAAUUGUGGAGAACAUGGUUAAUGAUCUUAUGGUUCGUAGGAAGGAUGAGUUUCUGAGGUCAGCUCAAGAAAUGGCUAUGUUGGCCAACAAGAGUGUCAGUCCAGGUGGUUCCUCUUAUAACAGCCUAGACGAGUUGAUACAAUACAUCAAAUCUUCUACUGCUAGCCAGGAAAACAAUUAACACUCGUAGACUUCAUCUAGUAUUCUUAUUCCAACCAUGGCUCACACCCAAUUUAGAAUCCUAAAUGAUAUUUCUAUAUAUACUGUGUAAUUAAUUUGUUAUACUUUGUGAUGCUUCGGUCUACCUUAGCAGAAAUUGGGCUCAAGUACAUGCCAUACAAACAUAAAACAAGUUUUUGCAUGCUUAAGCUGCUAGCGUUUGGAAGGUCUCGUCCACUUUUCAUGAACAAUCAUUUUAUUUGUGGUAAUGUCCAAUUUAAUAUUUCAUGUGCCAUCAUUUCUUCCUAUUUUAUGAAUCACAUUAGCUUUCUACA